AUGCCGGCAGACGAAGUAAUAGGGUUCCAGUCAUCGGAGGAGGAAACAAGCUGGCUUCGGUUUGCUUACACAGGUUAUCUGAAAGAGGACUUCGUUUGGGAAGAGUUCGGAGAGGAAAUUUGCAGUGAAUGCGCCAAUCAUCUUAAAAUUGCUCCGUUGGGCGGCAAUCAGGUUCUCAUACAAGGUACUCAACAGACCCCGAUCAACGAAAUCUUAAAAGACCUCGACGAGUGGUCUUCUUUUUGGUUCGAAUGGCUCCGACCAUGGUCAUAUGUGGAUAUGAACACUCAAAGGAACGUCUGGACAAGGUGGUACGGCGUUCCGCUUAGGGCUUGGAACUCCAGAUUCUUCAACAUCAUCGGAGCUCAUGUGGGCAGGGUUCUGAAGAUCCAUGACAAGACCCUGAAUAGGCUCAGUCUGGACAUCGCACUCAUUCAAGUCUCCACUGGCCUCUCUCCCAUUGAUAGAGUCUUCGAAUGCAAUAUCGAUGGCGCAAGGUUCAAGAUCAGGGUGGAGGAAGUCAGAAGUUCUAUAAUACCAGAACCUCUCCCGGAGUGGGGUGGGUGCUCGGAGUCGGAAACCGAAACGAUAGUCUCAGCAUCGGAAGAGGAGUUCGACGUCUCUCACAAACCGGCGUGCGCCCAGAUCGGAACCAAUGGCGACAAGACUCAGGGGUUAGAAAGUGAAGCCGGCCUUCUUGAAGUUGUUUCACAGCCUAGUUCUUCCCCUUCGGAAGGCGAUCCGGCCCAACCAGAUCUCUCUCUCACAAAGCUUUGUAAGUCCGACGCUUUCAGACCACAUCAGAAAAAGAAGACCGGGGGCGAAAAUCACCUGAAAUUGGGUUUGAACCGAUUCCUAUCUCAGAAAAACAGGAUGGCAGCUUCCAAAAAGAAGGAAAAGAGGAAGGAGGCCAGGAUGGGAUCACCUCGUCUCACUCCUCACGAAUCUGACAGAGUUGACAGUGGACCGGGCGAAGUCAGGGAUCUUCCAAACCAGACUUCGACGGGCUUCAAAGAAAUUCUCUCAAACGCCGAGACUGAAUCCAAAAUCAUGGAGUUUGGGCAGAAAUUAGGAAUCCAGUGCAAUAAGGCGGAUCUCGCUGUGCUGAAAGAAGUGACCCACGAGCCAGCUAAUGUUGGAGUCCAGGAGAUUUCGGAAAAUGUGGAUCAAUGA